AUGGCGGACUUACGUGUCGCGAAGCGCAAGACUCACUCUAAAUCGCGCAAGGGCUGCUCCCAAUGCAAACAGCGGCACACCAAGUGUAACGAGGCACGUCCACGGUGCGCGAAUUGCAUCCGCCUGGACAUACAAUGCUCCUGGCCAACAGUACCAAAUACUUACUCGACCCCAUCGCAAGCUAGUCCAGCCGAUCAUGUGUCUCCCUUCGCCGAACCGGAACCUUCUGGUAGCCCUGACACAGCAUCGCGUGCCUUUGAGCUUUCUAUCCCGGACUUGCGUUUGGUGCAUCAUUGGACUUCUAAAGGUUACAAUUCGCUGCAUCCAACUGGAACCAGAAGUGACGCAUGGCAAACUGGAUUCAUUGAGCUCGGAUUCGAACAUCCUUUCUUACUUCAUGGCCUGCUUGCUCUCUCGGCUGCGCACAAGGCGUCGUUCCUUCUACCUGCAGAGAGGCAAAGCCUUCUUCUCCAAGCCGAUUCGCACAUCAGUCGAGCUCUCGACACGUAUAGGAAGAACUUGGAGGCAUCAAAUGACGAGACGCCGACGAUCCCCAUGUUCAUCCUGUCGUCUGUUCUGCUUACGUACAACUUUGGCAUCGCACAGGAGAAACCGGAAGAUCCUAUUGGCUCAUUGCACCAUUGUUUCAUGCUGCUUCAGGGAAUCAAAGUCGUCGUCCUCCCGCACUGGGACCGAAUCAAGGAUAAUGACGUGUUCGCGCUUAUGACGGACAUGUCUUCGCCUAGUACUCUAGAAAUGCUUGACUCGCUCGCUCGGGAUGAUAAAAGCCAGGAGAUUAUACGUCUCAAAGAGUUGACCGAGCUUCUGCUCGACACUCAAGACAAGGAGGCUUGUGCGGACGCCAUUGAUCAACUCCAUGCGACUUGGUUACGAUUUCGACAUCUCACUCACGAUCGAGAUGAGUAUGGCCUUCUCUUUCUCUGGCCGGCCAAGCUCAACAAUCGCUUCUUCGACCUCCUGGCAGCUCACAAUCCUGUCACCUGUAUCAUUACUACACAUUUCGCCACUAUCUUGGCGCAGGGUCGUCCGAUUUGGUGGGUGUCCAAGUGGCCAGUAUGGCUCCUUGAUGCCUCCGAGGAGUUAUUACGAGCGACACCAGAUCUUCUGAGAUGGUUAGAUUGGCCCCAACAGAUCAUCAGAUCCCGAGCUUGGAGCCAAGCAGCCACCCCUGUCUCCUGUUGA